AUGCACACAAAUACUGAAUCGCAUGACGACGAGGAUAGCCACCAUGGUUGUCGUUCAAGAAUGCGGCCAUUGUCACAAUCAUGGUAUUACUGGGCCAUGGUCGCCUUACUUCUAGCUCAAAUGUUUUUAUCAGUCAACUAUCACAUAUUAAUCUGUAAUAUGCCUAUAGCUAAUACAUUGUUAUUACUUGUUAUCAUGGCUCAUCAUGGAUACUCUCUCGGAGAUCAAGCCCGCCCACUUUUUCACCGGAUAUGUGGAUGUGUAGCAUUUAUAGCUGUGCUAUUUGUGAAUACUACUCAUGCUCUAGAACUACUAACAGAUUACGCUGAAGGUGGUAAUAGUUCACAUUCACAUGGUGCUUCGGAUCACGACCAUGGAGAGGAGCAUGGAUAUGGUUUUGUUCCGAGUAUGUAUAUCGCUGGUAUGGCUAUACCACCAUCAAUAGGGGAGUCAUGGUUGUGGGAGCAUGUGGAUCCAAUUGUCGCUGUAGUUAUGACAAUACUAUUUUUCCUGCUGAUCAUUCCAGCCUUUUAUGAAAUGAUGCCCUAUAUUUUUGUUGAUACACCAGCAAAAUUCCAUGUGGAGUCUUUCCAAAAUGAAAUUUCAGCGACGUUUCCUGAUGUCAAAUGUACACACAUACAUGCAUAUCGAUUGUGGCCCGGAAAUCUUUUCGAAGCACUAAUUCAUUUGAAUUUUUUGGUAGAUAAAUCACAACCAACAUGGUCAGACGACGCUGCUACGCGAUACUCUGAAGUUCGUCAGAACGUAGCGAGUGUAUUGACGAGAGCUGGUGCUCAAAAGGUAGUGGUUGAGCCGUGCUUCCUCGAUGCCACAGAAAUUGGACGACCAUGGGUGGGAUGUGUUGGUGCAACAUGUUUCCGUCAAGAUCGUGGAUGCUGUAAAAUGGAUGAAGUUAGGACAGAAGCUCAGUGCUAA